AUGAUGCAGGGCGGCACUUGUGAGGAGGGGGGAGCCAGCGUGGGAAGCGUAAAGUUCGUAACAAGCGGAAACUGUGUAGGAAGCGGUAACUGUGUACGAAGCGCCAACUUCAUGGGAAGCGACUACUUGAGAGACAUCUUCCAGUGCAGAGACAAGAAAAUAAAAAUCUUCAAAGCGUACCUGAAGAAAAAGCUGAACGUGGAAUCGUAUACCCUGGGAGAAUACUCACUCAAGCAUGAUGAAAAAUUCCGGAGGAUAUUCUUCGAGAACAUUUUAAAAGAACAUAUCAUUGGGAAGAGGAAGAAGGACAAAUUGUUCAUCCUAAACGAACUACUCAUGGACAAAGGAUUUUUCCAAGAUGAUUUCUACUAUCAAUAUUUUUUACAAAAUGUUCUGUUGCUAGAAGAUUUUACUUUAAAAAGGCUGGAGGGGAAUCACCAUGGAGAUUUCGUCUUCAAAGAGAAAAAAAAUGACAUACUGAAUUGGAAACAGGGUUAUAGUCAUGUGAAGAAAAAAUUGAAUGAAAAGGGAAUUGACCAGAAAAGUAAAAUCUACAAAAAUUCUGUACUUCUGUUUAACUCGACAAAGUUUUCCUACGAAGAUAAAAACUGUUGUGAUUACUUUUACAGCUUAAAAGUUUGGGACAUUUUCUUUAAUUAUGUUUCUUUCGAUUUUUUAAAUUAUCUCCUGUCGAAUACACUUAUCUUCAUAUCGGACUUUUUUUUUCUUAACCUGAGUGAGAAGCUGCCUGUGCAGAAUUCCUUCCUUGUCUUAGUCAGCCACGUCGAUCUCAAGUAUGAUGACAUGAAUGAGGUGCAAGACAGGAUAUUUUCCAAGAAGAAGAAACUCGCAUAUAACACGAAGCAGGUGAAGAUCAUUUACCAGAGGGACCACAGUAGACGCCUCCCCGAAAAAGAGCUUCUCAGCUUGUUGCCCCACAAAGUGGUGUCUUCCCACCCUGAUGGCACCCCCCCCCAAGGGGCGCCUUCCCCAUUGGAUAUAAAUGGCACUCCAGAGGAAAGGGACCUAUACAGAGAAGAUGACCCAGUGGAGGAACACCCCAAAGAGGAAUUCCAAUCUGUUACUAAACCGGAUUGUGCAAAAGGGGCAAACAAAAGGAAGAUCGACCAGUGGGGUAGCGAAGAAGAAGUUAUUGCAGGUAAGAAGUGCAAAAGGAAGAAAAUGAAUCCAAGCGAUGAUUCAACGGAGGGAAGACAAAUAGACCCCUUAAAAUAUGCAAUGAAAAAUAACGAGGCACAAAGAGAGGAAGCCACCCCUGCAGACGACACACAAACAGAUGGACAACAAUAUAAAUACUUAUUCAAAAAGAAGAGACAAACGAUUCGGCGGAACGAGGUUAGCUCAUACGUUAAUCACCUUUACCUAGUCCAGUGCAGUGGGAGAAUUCUCAAAAAUGAGUUCCUCAAGGAGAUGAAGCAGAUACAGAAGGAAAAUAAGGAGGCAGAGAAGGCCCAGGAGGGUCACGUCGAAGUUUUGGAAAACGGGAUAGAAGCAGCAGAUGGAGAGGAGCGAGAAUCUCCGAGAAAGGUGCUUCCGAAGAUAAGCUUCUUUUCUGAUGGAAAAGCGGAAAAGGAACCUCUCAGUUGCCCGAAGUCCAAACCUGGACAGGAGGAGAAGAAAAAGUGGAGCAAAAUAAUCAUCAAUCGAAAUAACAUCCUUCAACAUAACACAACAAACAAGUACAAAAAGUUCCUCCUAAAUAAGAGGAUCCUUUUCGACAAAAUUGAAAAUGUCCCCUUGUUCACAUACCAUUUGCUGAAUUAUAUUUUCAAGUCAGAUCAGAAAUACUUUUUCCACAACAAUUUCAUAGAUGAAUAUAAACAUAAAAUUUCGAAGCAGAUAAAAUGCAACACGAAAAAGAAUGAUAUAUCUUUCCUUCUGUUAAGAAAGGAAAACAGAACACCAUCAAAUGUGUCACUCUGUAGUAGGAGUAGAGACAAACGAAACAACGUGUCUGCCCGCUUGAAAAAAACGAACAUACUGAAAUAUGUUUACUGCCAUUUUGAACAAUUCAUAACAAAUACGAGGAAGGCAAAUUUUGAUAAAAUAUAUAGCCAAUAUUUUCCAAAAAAUAAAAUGAAAAAUAAAAUUAGAAAAAUUUUUAAAACAAUUAAAUCACGCAUUAUUGACAAAUAUAAAAUUGUAAAUAUCCGGAGAAACAGGAAAUUCAUCAAACAGAAAAUGUAUGAUGUUUUUUUUAAAAAAUCUGACUUCCUUUCAUUUUCUCUUAAGACUUAUAACGUUAUAAAUUUCCUUGUACAUAUUACGAAGAAAUGUGUGCCUGUGAAACUUCUGGGCAGUCGUCACAAUUUUAAGGUCUUCAUAAAAAAUGUGAAAAAUUUUGUCCUACUGAAUUAUAAGGAAAAUUUUACCAUGGACCAAAUGAUGAAGCACGUUAGGGUUAGAAAUGUCUUCCAGAAGGCGGUCUCCCACAGGUGCGGCAACAGGUGCGCCAGCAGACACGCCAACAGGGUAUCACACAGGCACGUGGAGAACGUCCAAGUGGGUGCACUGGAAGGGAGUGCAACCCAAGUGGUGACCCAGGCACUUCCCACUCAUUGUACCGACAACCUUUAUAAAGAACCCAAAACGUGGAAGUCAAAGAGGAGGAGCAAACAAAUGCGGUUCUUCGACCCGGAGAAAGACACAUCCAUAUUUGAGACCCUUAGGAGGAAAUAUUUGAUGAAAAAAAAAAAAAUUCACAUAGCACUUCUGAAGAGGCAUCUCCUAAACAGACUCAUUUAUUUCCUCUUCAAUUAUUUCAUCAUGCCUGUAAUUAGGAAGUACUUUUUCCUCACCAAAUCGGAGCACACUAUUCACAAAACGAUUUUUUUUGACAAGAAAUCGUGGAACUACUUCACCAAGGUUUCUAACUUUUGUCUCUACCACCAGAACUUCCGCGGUAAGAAGCUAGAGCGGAGGGUGGAAUCAGGAAAGAAAGGGCGGACAAGCGGUGGGAAGCUCAAGAGGAUGAAACUCCAGAAGGGUCAUAGGAUUUCCAAGGGGAGACAAAUCGAAAACGGGAGGGAGCGCCCACCCGCACUGCGAAACCGGGGGGAGGAAAAAAAAAGACAAAAACAUCAAAGUGGCAUAAUACGAAGCAGCAGAAAAAAUGAACGUUUCCAAUGUGGAAAGAAGAAACAAAGAGGCAGGUCCACCUCAACCGAACCAAACAAACGCAUCGAAGAUCUAUACCAAAUGACCAUUCUGAGUAAAAAAACGGUUAGACCGUACUUAACCAAGUUCUAUUACAAAGUGAAGAAGAAGUAUUUCUCCCUCAGGAAAAAGUACCUCCUCUAUCGAACGAAGAUGAUCCCUCAGGUGGACAAACAAUUUGCACCCUAUGUACACUUUGCUGACCAGAAGGGACACCUCUUCAGGUUUAUUUCGAAGCGAUUUUUUAAAAAAACAAAAAGGAAUUACGUUAAGCGAUUUUACCGAUUGGUCAAGCGGGUUAGGAGAAGGAUGAUGAGCAUAAAGCGCGUCCGAGAUGGGGAGACAAAACAAAGGAAAGACGACAAAAUAGCCGGGCCUUCUGCAAAGAAUGAUCCGAUCAGACGCGCCGAAGCGAGGACGCCCACAAGUGCAUCGAUAUGCAGGGGAAGGACCCCGCGGAAAAAAAAACCCGAGAAGGAGAAGACGGCCAGGAUGGAGAAGGCGAAGAACGCGAAGAACACGAAAAACACGAAAAACACGAAAAACACGAGAAACACAAACAACGCAGACCGCGCGAACAGCGCGAAAAAGAAGAAAAUUCACAUACACAGAAUAAAAAGCAUGAUAGAGAAGCGCAAUUUUCUUCUCAAGCUGAAUUCAAUAAAUCGGUUUUUUUCGAAAAAGUUAAGAAUAAAUUGGGUGCCGAAGAAAAAAGGGCUAAGACCUCUAAUAAAUCUGUCUACGUUGAACGUUCCAGAAAGUGUAAAGAAUCGAAUCAGGGAAAUUUUAAAAAAUAAAAAAAGCAGCGAGUUUUAUUUCCACAACAUAUUGAAUAACAUGGGAAAAGAUAGCAAAGAAAAAAAAAAAUCCAGGAAAAAAAAAUACAACAGAAAGAACUUCAACCCAGUGUCGUUAAAUCAGUUAUGUAACUUCUCUUUAAAAUGUCUGGGAAAUGUGAGAAGUAAUAACAGCGUUUUAUUUCAAAACACGCUAACCAAGACAAACGAAACAGAGUUAAAGCUUAAGAAGUGGCUGGAUUAUUUGAAGAACUGGUUUUAUCGGAAAAAGAAAAAUAAAAAAUAUAUAAAAAAUAAAUUAAAAAAAGGAAAAGUCAUCUAUGCAUACAUCUGUAUCGGAGACUUCUCCAAUUGUUACGAACAUAUAAAUCAUAAUUAUCUCUUCAAAAUAUUGAAGGAUUUUCUUCAUGGCAUUUCAAAUUUUGAAUUUAUAUAUGUCUUUAAAAGAUCCUUCCGUCUCUAUAAUCAUUAUAUGAACAAUUCCCUCCUAACCUAUUACCCUGUUAACGUCCAAGAAUUCGGCAAACAUUGCAUUAAAAAUUUGAGAGAGCUUAUUGUAAAAUCAAAUUCGAACAAAUCGCACAGCUUCCUCCUCAGACAGUUUUUUAAAAAUAGCUCCUGCUCCGAUUUGUAUAUUUUCUCCGACUCUUACAAAAGUGUGCAGGUCGAAAUGAGAGACAUCCUCAUGACCAUCAUCACCAUCGUUCGGUACUAUUACUUAAACAUCUACUUCAGCAUCAAGGAGAUAAAAAUGCAGUGGAGAAAUAUUUUCUACUUUCAGCUUUUUCAGAAGGAGAAAAGGGAAGAAAUUUAUCGCAGCUUGCGCAGCAGGAGAACGUUGGAUCAGUUGCGCUGCUUACAGGGGGGAGAGGAAGCCAUGGAGGGGGAAGCGGUGAAUGAGAAAGCGAUGCAGCAGAGGGGUGUUAUGGAGAACCCCCCUUCGGGCGCAACAGAACAAGUGGUCAGCACACCGCAAAGGGGGCCUUGCCUCCCCGACGGCCGGGCCGCAAAUAAGGCGAACUCGCUCGGAUUGAGGCGUCUUGCGCUAAGCACUGCCAUCACCACUAGCGCUGCGGAACGUGACGAUGGUAAAGGUUGCGAACAUGGUGAUGCGGAUGAAAUUGGAGAAGAUGGGAGGGGAAGACCUACUAAGUUAUCGAGGCGGAACGGAGACCAACUUGUGGGUCGCAGGCCCGGGGAGAAUUGCAGCGAAAUGGCGGCCUUGACAAAAGGGGAAGGGGCGAGAAUAAGUUCUUCAGAAAGAAUUUCCCCAAAUUGCGCCGAUAGGAGCGCCGCCAAUUUCGCUGAAAGGAACCCCCGAGCAGAGGCAGAAAAAAACGUCCGAACAUCCGCAGAAAAAAACUUCCUCACAUUUCAAGACAAAAAAAUCAUCAGCGACAUUUGCGGACUGCCGCAGGGAUUCACUUUGUCCAACAUCCUCUGUUCCCUCUACUAUGCCUAUCUGGACCGAAAUGAAGAAUUUCAAAAUAUUCUCUAUUCAGAUCAGGACAGGGGAAGAACGACCACUCCCCCUCAUCUCCAGAGAAAAAAUGUAAACGCGGUGAAUUACCAAAACUUGAAUUCUCUGCUAAUAAGAUUUAUCGAUGACUUUCUCUUUAUAACGGUUAACAAGAGGAAUAUGAAGCGAUUUAAGAAGCUGCUGCUCACAAGGAAAAUCUGGGGGGGGAAUAUAAAUUCGUCUAAGACAAAGAUUUUCAAGCUUCCCCUUAUUUAUAAGAAUAACUUAUUUCUGGAGAAUGUCUGGACAGGGGGAGAAGUCUCCGGAGGGAAGAGGUGUUAUGGAAAGGGGAAGACGCGCCAAACUCUGCCGAAGCAACUGUCCGCAUCGGAACAUCCACCUCCGCUGAGCACUGAAUGCGCCUCUCCGGACUCGUACAUGAUGACCCCACAGGGGCAAAGCGGGACCCCUUCAAGCAUCCCGAUCAGCGCCGAGAUCAGCGCCGAGAUCAGCGGUAAGAUCGCCAGCCCGAUCAGCGACGCGAAACGGAAGAGGAAGCCAAUCGUUGAGAGCAGAGAGACAGUUGCAACUACCCCCCUGAGUGAUGACUUGGCAAGUGCCGCAAAAUGUAGCAUCUCCAGUGGCGAACUCCAAAUGGGGGUUACCGCACGAAAGGGGACCGUCAAAAUGGCGAAGAAAAAAGGGGGAGGAAAGCUAUCCAAAGCGAAAAGAAGCAAACUAAUAAAAGAGCUGCUCGAAAAGAGGAGAAGGUUAACAGGAAGAUUAUCCUUUAGAGGGAGGCAAAAAAUUAACAAGUCCCUGAAGCGGUUGAUGCGGUUAUCGAGGAGAAGCGAAAAAUUUGCGCGUGUAAACCGCUGUACUGCUGGGCACGCCCGAAGCGUGAUGCCGAUCGAGUGGCUAAACAAUUCGUACACAUUUGACUUCGCAAGCAACUGCGUGCACAGCACAUCGUGCCAGUGGAAAAACAAACAAGACGCAACCAUUAGGAACCACCUGCACCUAAACAAUGUGAUCGUAGAAAAAAACUCCUCAAUAAGCUAUAUGAAAUUCUUGGUGGAAAAUAGAAUCAUGAGAAAUGUGAUAUCUAAGAUGAAGAAAAAUCACAUGAUUUAUAGAAACAAGCAAAAUACCUACUUUGCUUACAAAAAUAAUUUCAUUCUCCUAAAAAGCGCCAUCUUAAAAUUCGUCUGUUCGAUUAAAACGUUGAAGAGAAUGUUUAAUGCCUUUUACAACAAUUGCUACAACACGAGAUUUGUUUUUCAUUUAAUUUCCUAUUUGAGGAAGUCACUUAUCAAAAAUAGGAAGAUUAAAUUUGUGAAGCUUUUUUUGGUCGACACUGCGUUGGAGGCGUUGCGGUACGCUCGGGUGUUCAAUGCGAGCAGCCCGCUUUUCCCAUGCCUUAGGCGUCUGAGAACCGUCAGGAGGAGGCUCCUUAAUCGGUACAAACGGGGGAAGAGGCGGUGUAACAGAUGGGACCAUUUGGUUCAAUACUAUGACCUGUUUUGCCUCCUCCGGAAGGAAGUGCGCAGCACGUGGCCUUACAUGUUUAAAAUUCCGGAUGACGCUACGCCCACCGCGGUGACGCAGAGGGGGGAGGGAAAAGCAAAUUGA